AGCCAGAGUACCCGGAUGAGGUGGCGGCUUCUGAUUCGCCCUUACACAGACGGGACAUGUAGUUCCAUGAGGCAAACUACAAAACUAGCAGCAAACCUCGUAUCUCCACGGCUUUGAAUUAAAUAUCGAAAUGUUGGACGGUUUAAUGUGUAUCACUGUACAGACGGACUAACCAGGGGUCCUGACUGAAGACCGGUGGGCUGAGACGCGUUUCUGAAGCCCACAGUCUGUGAGGAGUUACCGGUGGCGGACAUAUUGGACUGCGGUCAGCUGUGACUCCAUGAACCUUUAGCUACAGUCAGGAGGAGUUAAAACACUACACCGUGUUAUUUUAUUUAGCUAGAGCAGUUCUGAAUGAUAUUCUUAAUGUAAUAAUAUCAUAAGAUAAUGCAGAUACAGGUCUGUUCACUGUAUAUCCAGAAGAAUGCAGUCUCUGAGGUCUCUGUUCAAACCAAAGCUGGUGACCCCUCUGCCCUUUUCCACCUAUGUGUCCCGGAUAAGAUAUCUGAUGAAGUUAAAAGAGGACGAUGACGCGUGUCGGGAAGCCCUCAGGUCUGGAAACUUGAUGCUUUUCCACAAGCUAGCUCCUCUGGUGCGGAGGAACAAACAUGGUGUAUGUCAAUCUCCACGUCUUACAACUCCAGUUGUUGAACAGAUACUGGAGAAGCUUGGGCAAGACAAACAGCUGGUCAAUGAAGCUGUCCUUAUGAGCUCUACUGAGUCCAAUGAGCCCCAGUUCUGUCUGGAUGUGGGUGAUUUACAGCAGAAUGGUAUGGAGAUGCUUUGUGGCGGUGUGUUCAUGGAUAUCCGGAAAGCCUUCCUAAUGCUAAGGACACCAGAUGCCUCAAUGGUUGCUAAGGGUCAGGCCCUGUUGAGGUGGCAUCAGACGCACGGCUUCUGCAGUGCGACUGGACAUCCCACUGUCAGAAACCAGAGUGGCAGCCAGAGAGUGUGUCCCAACAGCGGGAUCACCUACUACCCCCAAAUGGCACCAGUGGUGAUGGCUUUGGUGUCUGAUGGAAGCAGAUGUCUGCUAGCCCGCCAGAGCACUUUCCCACCAGGGAUGUACAGCGCACUGGCGGGCUUUUGUGAUGUGGGGGAAACGAUGGAGGAGGCCCUGCGGCGGGAGCUGGCUGAGGAGGUGGGACUAGAGGUGGAGACGCUGCAGUACUCUGCCUCGCAGCACUGGCCUUUCCCACAGACCUCCUUCCUGGUAGCCUGCCAUGCUACGAUUAGCCCUGACAAAACAGAGUUAAGUGCCGAUAAGGCAGAGCUGGAGGACGCUCGUUGGUUUAGCCUAGAGGAGAUCCAGGCAGCUCUGCAGAUGAAGACACCUCCUCUAAACCGCAGAUCUGAAUUGCCAGGCUUCUGGGUGCCUCCUGCUGUCGCUGUAGCCCGCCGGCUCAUCCAGGAGUGGGCUGACCAGCAACAAUGUCAAAGGAACGGGUCUCGACGUGAAUCCCAAAUGAAGGAGUAGACACUGUGCACUGUUCAUCAGCCAAUUGAGGCCCACUGUUUCAGUACAGUGGCCUCAGCUUCACAUGGUGCUUAAUAAGCUAGCCUCUUCUAUGAGAUGGUAAGAAGAUAUUUUUAAGUGCCUGGAGUAUUCAUUACAGGUUAGCACAUAUUUUUGGUGCAGCUACACUACCUGCUACAUAGUUUGUUUUUGCCAGUGUUAAUUUUAAUAGGUGAUUUUAAUUUAGUUUUGUAUAACUGUGAAUUAGUUUUACUCAACGUGAGUAAAACUAAUACUAAUUAAUAAUAUUUGUUCAAAUAUAUACUUUAUGGACUUUUUAUGGACAAUUAGCAAAAACUUUUGUCGCAUUAAGUCAAGUAGUGUCUGUACCAUGCAUUGUAAAAUUGCCAGUUCCAAGUGUAUAGUGGUCUGUUCCUCAGCGCUCCCUUUCUUUGCUCACGAUUAGUGUACACAGUGAAAUGGGAUGGAUGAGGCCAGGUCCGGUGAGGUUUUGAGUUCGAGCAUCAUGAAAUACUUGAGAUUUUCAGCAUUUUCCUAUGUGUGCCCAGAGGAUUCCAGAGGAGGCUGUUUUCUCUCAUACUUGGUGCUCAAUUCAAGUCAUUGCAUUCAAUUUAUAACCAUAACAGUUGUUGUUUGGAGGCCCAGGCCAGCUCAGGGACUUUGAGCAAAUUGAUUGGUUUGCUUGCCUUGUGUAAAUGCUCUGUUUAUAGAAAUAUUUAAACAAUUAAACAAAGGUUUUUAAUUUAGGUUGUUUUAGGGAACAAGGCCCAGAAUCUUGAGGAGCAGGAUAGGCCGCAUACUGGACAUGAGGUUUUUAAUCUGCUGCUGUAGCCGAUCUGACCACAGCUUCAUCUGUGGCAGGGGCUUUUUAUGAUAUGUUAAUCUCCUGACUAACAGGUGUAUAAGAAAAUAUAAUUUUAAAAAACAUUUUAAAUGACACUACUGUACUUCUACCUCCAGAAUGGACUUCUAACUAGAACCAGUAUUUUAAUGUCACUUUACUGUGAGAUUGUACUGUAAAUUAUUAAUCCAUGAAUGAUCCAUUAUCUUGAGUUAAUAAAUGUAUCUGAGACCUGCAA